AUGGGUUUGGCGGAGCGGUGUUUGCCCUCGCUGCAGUCCUCUCGCCCAUGCAGCGCACCUUUGCUGAGGGCCAUCACGGUGCUUUUGGCGGACGAGGCGCACGCGGCGGCGGUGGCGUGCAGCGGCGAGUGGCUGGCACUGCUUCUCGGCGCCAUCCGCCAUCCUGUCACCGAGGCGCCUGCAACGGAGCUGCAGGAGGCGCUGGUGCUGGGGUACGUCGCGGCGGGGAGGUUCGGCACUCACGGCCUCUCCACCUGCCGCGACCGGGUCGCGGCUGCGAUCGUCGAGAACGUGUCUGGCGCUUGGUCGACCGAGGUGAUGACGGCCCGGCCGCCUCGCCCUCCUCGCCCUGUCGCCUUCGCAAAGAGUGCGGCUGACGCCACACAGGUGCUCGUCUCUUCGGUGCUCAAGCUGCACGAGGCCAUCGACGAGACCGACCGGCAGCAGUCGGCCUUCCGCAAGCUUCUCUCGGCGGCGCUGGACGCCAAGCGCAGCACCCUGAGAGCGAGGCCGCCGCCGCUCAAGGACUGGUCUGUGAACGCGCGCUUGGUCUGCGACCGCGGCGACGAGCGGCGCAGUGCCUUUGCAGGCAGCGUCGGCGCCCCUCCAGAGCCUCUUCGGAGCGUCUGCCGCGACUGCCACCGCGUGCAGCGGUUUCUUGACCAGCGAUCGGGCGACGUCCAGCGGGAGGUCUUCGGCGGGCCGGCCUUCACUCACGGCGGACACACCUCCCUCGCCGUUGCGGCGGCAGCCAAGGGGCUCGAAGGUUUGCUCUCGGUCAAGGCGAGCGCGGCCGAGCUGAGGGAGGAGGAGGCGAGUCGCGCGCUGUACGACGAGCACGGAAAGGCGAGGGCGUUGCGCCGCCAGAGGCCGCCGCCGGCCGACUUGCUCAAGUACGAGAGGCUCCUGCGCGCGCUGUUGUCGGCGCAGCAGGGCGGCAAGGAGGCGGCGGAGGAGCUGAGCGCGGCGCUGGAGGCGGCGGGCGGCGAGCGGGACCCGCUGACACCCAGGGAGGCUGCGGCGGAGGCGGCCGCCUCUGUCUCCUCCUCUGCCUCGGCCCCCGCAGCCGGCGCGCCGGCUCUGAGCGGCGAGGCGCUCGUCCGGUGGGUCGCGUCUCAUUUCCCUGCGGCGGCCAGGGCGGCGGCCGAGGUCUCCGAGCUGGAGAUCGCCACCUCGAUGAGUUUGGCCGAGCUGCGAGCCGUUCUCCUACCAGACAACCUGCCCCGCGCCCCGCCCGGCGAGGUGCAGCUGCGGCUUCGCGCCGUUCAGACCCGCCUCCGCCUCCUCGCCGGCGGAGGAGGCGCCGUCGCAGCGCCCGAGCCCGAGUCGUUCGCGCUGCUUGCGCCGCCGCCCGCCGAUGCGCCGCCGUUCCACGUCAUCGUCGCCGGAGACACCGGCGCUGGCAAGAGCACGCUGCUCAACGCGCUGCUUGGCUACGAGAUACUCCCGACCAGCUGCUCCGCCGCGUGCACCGCCACCGUCAUCGACGCGAGCUGGGGCGAGGUGUGGAGCGCCACGGUCGAGUUCGUGGCGGAGGAGGUGUCGCCGCCGUCGGCGGAGGCGGAUUUGCUCACGCCGUCGGAGGUCUUCCCGGUCUCCUCCCGCGACGCGCUGGUCUUGGAGGGCGUGCGGCCGGGCGACGGCGAGGCGCGCGUCUUCUCGUCGGCCGCGGAGACGCGGAUUCCUGCUCUCCGCGCCUACAUCGCGCUUUCCGCCGCUGCGCACCAUGCUCGCGCCGCCGCCGGCGCACCGCCGCGGCGGCGAGUGGGGGCCGUGCUGCUGCGCUGCUUGCGGGCGGCGGCGCCAUCGGCUGCCGCGCCGUCGGCUGCCGCGCCGUCGGCAGCGAGCGCUGCUGGCAGCUCACCGUCUGCGGUCGAGCCUGCCGUCGCGCAGCCCGGACUGCGCAGCAGCCCCAGCACGAACCGCCAUCGGACGAGGGUGGACUCGCCUGGCGACGGCCCGCCUGGGAAGAGGCCGCGCGCCGAGCCCGCCGUCGUGGAUUUGUGCGACAGUGACUGA